CGGCGGCUCUUCCUCCUCCUGCUGCUGCUGCUGCUGUUUCCGCCGGAGGAGUCCCGGGAGGAGGCGGCGUCGAGGGGAGUCCGCGGGCGCCUCUCCGGGCGCAGCGGCGCGGGCAGGAGGGGACCCAGAGGCGCGCGGGGCGUUCCUGGCUGGCCAGGGGUGGAGCAGGAAGGGGCGUCGUCGCGGCGGGGCUGCCUGCGAGGAGGGCCGCUGGGCUGCUGCUGCUGCUGCCGCCUCCAUCCCUCGGCGGCGCGAUCAUGGCGCGCAUCGAGUGGGCCAUGUGGGCCAACGAGCAGGCGCUGGCCGCCGGCCUGAUUCUAGUGACCGGUGGAAUUGUGGCAGUUUCUGGCCAGUUCAAAGGCUGGGAAUUUGCAGCAUAUGCAAUAGUAGCUGGAGUGUUUGUUUGCCUGCUGGAGUACCCUCGGGGGAAGCGGAAAAAGGGGUCCACCAUGGAGAGGAGUGGCCAGAAGUGUUUCACAGCCGUGGUGAAAGUGUUUGGACCCCUCACGAGGAAUUAUUACAUUCGAGCCAUUCUCCACGCCAGCUUGGCAGUCCCAGCUGGAUUCUUGCUGUCCACGAUCCUUGGCACCGUCUGCCUGGCCAUAGCGAGUGGCAUCUACUUACUGGCUGCCAUCCGUGGCGAAGAAUGGAUUCCCAUUGAAUCCCGGCCGAAGGAACGAGCACAACUUGGAGUCACCAUUAAGCACCCGCCGACCAACCCACCGCCUCGGGCUCCAGUCAACGCUCGCAAGAGGCCGGCUGAUGCAGAGGCCGGCGGGCAUGAAAACCCCAUCGCAGUCCUCCCCGGAGGGGAGUGACCGGCGGGCUGGUGCCUGAGGGGCCUGUUCUGCUGCACCUGGGGGGAAGGGAUAGCCGCCCUAUGGCUACCCUGCGGAUAUUUUCUUUUACCUGUCCUGUAGUCUACCUCCAUGGACACUUACCCACCGCCAGCCAGCCCACCAGCCGCCAUGUUGGUGUCGCCAGGGGGCCUGGUGGCGGCCAUCUUGUUUCUCUCCACAGGGUUGUGAAGAUUCAGGCAGGGCUGCCUGCUGCUGGCCUCAGAAGCGUGGCAGCUGGCCCCAUUUUCUGUCUUGGAAUCACUUUGUACUUCUUCUAGGGUUCCUCCUCAUGUGCCUACAUUAUAAUAAAAUGAGUGGAAGAUCUCA